ACUCAUACUCUCACUCACUCACUCGUUCGGUCGCUCACUCACACAAACGCACAAACACACGCUCUGCAACAGCAGCACCACCGCCACCACCACCAGGAGGAGCGAAAGCAGCAGAAGGAGGAGGAGCAGCAGCCAGCAGGCACAGCAGCAGCAGCAGCAGCAGUAGAACAGCAGGGAGCGAGGCGAGCGACUGUGUGACGUCACUCAACAAGAUGUCGUUCUUCGGAGGGAACCCUUUUGCUACGCCAAUCGGACAGAAAAUAGAACAAGCAACUUCAGAGACUCUUGCAUCAGAGGACUGGGGCCUUAAUGUGGAAAUCUGUGACCUCAUUAAUGAGUCUGAAGAUGGCCCACGCGAUGCAAUUAAAGCAAUCAGGAAACGGCUAACCAGUCAACCCAAGAACUAUACCGUUGUCAUGUAUUCGUUAACGGUACUGGAAACUUGUGUAAAAAAUUGUGGCAAGAGGUUCCACAUUGUUGCUUGCAGUAAAGACUUUGUGCAAGAACUAGUUAAACUCAUUGGUCUAAGAACGAGCCCCAGCUGCAGUCCAAGAGAAAGUCUUACUCUCAUCCAAGCGUGGGCCGAUGCAUUCCGUCACCAACCUGAGCUUUCAGGAGUUAGUCAGGUAUAUGCAGAUUUAAAACACAAAGGAGUUGAAUUCCCAAUGACCAACCUGGACACUAUGGCUCCUAUUAUUACACCACAACGGACAGUGACGACUCCAGAACCUCGACCUACCCGCAUGGCCACAGGCGGACCUACCUCACCUCGACGUCAGGCUUCUCAUCCACCAGCUCCUGCGCCCGUCGCUCCCGUAGCAUUAACAGCCGAACAGCGAGCAAAGCUACACAGUGAACUUGAUGUAGUAGAAUCAAAUGCGAAGGUCUUGGCAGACAUGCUGUCAGAACUGAGUCCAGGAAAGGAGCAUCCUGAUGAUAUUCAGCUGCUUCAGGAACUACAUGCAACUUGUGGAGUAAUGCAGGACCGUCUAGUUGAAUUAGUGGGGAGAGUAAAUGAUGACUUACUUACAGCUGAUAUUUUGCGAAUCAAUGACAACCUCAACAACAUAUUUGUCAGGUAUGACCGUCACAUGAGCAAAGUGAGAGGGCUUGGAAGUCCAGUCAAAUCCCCCCAGCAGGAAAAUUCUCCUCAGUCACAACAAGCGCAGCCACAGCCACCGCCACAGCCACAGAAUCCUCAGAGGCAAGCAACUCAAGGUUCCCUCAUCGACUUCCAAGACGAACCUUCCCCAGCAGCUCAGUUAGCAAAUCUGUCCGUAGGAAAUUCACCGAAAGCCAAGAAAAAUGAAGAUGCCGACUUUGAUAUGUUUGCCCAGUCUCGCACAGCCACCUAUGAAAACUCCAAAACCAGUGGAAGUACUUACCAAGAUAACACCGAAGUGGACGUGACUUCAUCGUCUUUGGGUCGCACAGCACAACUAAGGCAUAAUCCGGUUCGUGGCAUUAUGGAAGAACAGGAGGAGCUGUGGCAACAAAAGGACAGUGACUUUGACGAGAUGGAGAAAUGGUUGAAUCAACAGUCUAAUGAAGCUAAUGGUGGUGCUGGUACAAGAGAAGAGAGCAUUUCGUCGUCUGACUUUGAUCGUUUCCUGGCAGAGAGAGCAGCAGCUGCCGAUUCCUUACCAACUAUACAGGCGGCCACAGGUUCUUCUGGCCAGAGACAAAGAACCUUGGCCCGUGACGACAAAGACCAGAUGUUUGCUCUUUAAAUUUAGUUCAUGAAAGCUGUAUGUGGUGGUUAUGAAGGUGGUUGAUACUGCACUGAAUAGAACUUCAGCCUCCUUUACCAUGUAGUAGCAUUCAUGUGUCUAGUUAGGUGUGAUACACAUUGGGUGAAUACACUGUAGUGUAUUCUCUUACAGUUGCUUUGCAGACUGGAUUUCUGCUUUCCACUUCUUUUGUCAUGGUAAUUAUACGGUAAAACUUUACAGUACUGGUGACUGAUCAUUAAUUAUUACUGGAAAGAUGGUAAAUAUAGCAUCUGAAGAGGAGAAAGUGUUUUGUUGUGAAUUUUCACUGACUGUGUACUGUCUGAUCAUCUAGAAUUAGCUUUGUUACUUUGCUGCCAUUUCCAGAAUAUAUUAGUCUCCAUUGAAAGUCACUGCUAUUUUCUAGUGGUAGAACAGCACAUCUCUUUUGGGGAAUUUUAGUGGUAUAUAAAAGCAAUGGAAAGACGGUGUGAUAAAAUGUGUUUUAAAUUAUUUUCCAGCUUGAAAAGAUGAGCAUGUUUUUUAUUUGUUCAGCUGUUUUAAAUGAAGUGUUGUGAUAGCUUUCAAGUCUUGUUUGUGAUGUCAUUUGCCAUUUACCACAAAUUAAGGCAAAGAGCUGUUAUCUGAUGAUUUGUCCUUCCUUUUAUUUAAAAACAAUAUUAUUUACUGGCCAUAGAUGAUAGGAAUUUAGGAUUCAUUGUAAAAUAAUUCAGAUAGGGUUUUCGUAGGUACUACUUUUAUCCUUGUUGGGUUAUGAAUGACAGAGAAUCCAAUGCUAUUUUUUAUGGUGUUAUGUUGCAAAAUUGAAAAGGAAUGCUUAUGCUUAUAUCUCCAUAUACGUACAUAGGAUGUUCACCAACACCCAGUUCAGUUAUAAUCGAACAGCAUUAGACAUUUACAGUGCAGUAUAGCAUUAGUAUUAUCAUGAAGGCCCAGAACAAUCGUUUUAUAUGCCAAGAGCUGUUGUGUAGGAAAAGAAGCGGCAACCUCCAGCUGAGUUACCCUUUAGGUAUGCAGUUUUGCUGUGUCAUCAAACCAAAACUUUGACACAUAAGAUUUAUCAAAAUGUUGUCCUAUUCAUCCCAGUGUCCUUUAAUAAAGACUAGUCUUUCAGAAGCUGUAGUGAAGUAUGCAAGUAAUUGUUCAGAAAUAGUUUGGCCAUUUACCUAAAAGUAUUUUUUUCCUACUAGCACGGGUUGGCCUCUGAGAGAUAAAUAAGUGUUGACCUUGCUGUUCUAUACCAGUGUUGACAGAGGCAUGUUGUAUUUAUCUGAAACAAAAGGAAAUAAAAUUAAUGAGAAAUACAGAAGUUUAGUGGUAGUUAUGCAAGACAUAUGCUACCAUCUGCAUAGGUGCAGGCAUCAAAAUAUUUCAUUAUUAAUGUAAUCAAAAAUACAUAGUGAGUGAGAGGUAACAAACAGAUGCAUCACAGAUGUCCAACACCAAUGGUUGUCAACUAAAGACAACCAUUCAGUGUUGGUACAUUUUGUCUAAUAGCAAAGCAACUGGCAUUAUUGGGUCAAAUCAGCAAGAAGUAAAUGCUAUAAAAUUUAUUGAGUUCAUUUGAAUCAUACCAGCAUUGCCUAUGCAAGUCACAGAUUGUGUUCAACUCCCACUAGAGGUGAAUAAACUUCUGCUGGAUAACAUUGUGUAUUGUACUUGUUAGAAUAACUCUAUGGCAUGUUGAAGAUUUUUGGUAUAGUGCAGCAGCACCUCAGCCUAAUAGACUCUUUUGGGGAUUAGCUUUCUGAAGAGUUACAAGUCUGUUAAGAAACAAGACCUUAUAUCAUUGUCUGCUCUUGAAUUCUUUCUAGAUAUUAUACAGCUAAUGGUAAUUCCACAUAUUUCCUAACCUAUACUAACCUGUACUUUAAUGUAACAUUCACUUUGAGGUUUAUGUCAAGAUUUACUAUAUCGUGUCUAAAAUGGCAGCAUGGCAAAACUUAAUGAUGAUACUGUAGCUGAUAAGUACAGAAAUCUGUUAUGCUGAGGUGUUACAUACUAAGCUUGUGAAUGCACGAUUGCAUUCCAAUACUGAUGAACUUGGAUGUAAUAAGAUUUCAGUAGCUUCCAGGCAUAUAGUAAAUACUGUUUUAAAGCAUUGCCCAUGAAAGUUGAAGGUUGUGAAUUCAGAUUGCCCUUGAAGCAGAGAAAAUCAGAUGAAUGCUAUAAAAUAAAUUUUCAUUAAAAUAAAUAAAUAUUUAUACAGGAACUCAGUCUUUCGGAUAUGAACUUUGAAUAGAGAUUAUAUUAGUGGUGUUUUUGUAAUACAAAGCAGUGUCUUCAUGAGAAAAACUUGCAUACUGUACACAAUUUUUUCAUAGUUGUGGUGCAGAAUGUUCUCUAGUUGGAAUAAUGGUACGUAUAGUAAAUUCAAUUUUUUUCUAACAUUGCACUAAGAGAUUCCAUCAGUAGAAUAGAAGGCUGUGACAGCACACUGGAGAUGUCACUAUUAUGUAAAUGUGAAUCAUUUGAAUUAAAGAGUUAAUUUAUUUUAACUAGUGGGAUGUAGACGGUUCAUUUAGAAUGCUUAAAAUGAAGAAAGUCAGGUUGUUAUUAGAUUGAUAUGGUUACGAAUAAGUAUGAGGUGUGCGUGUGUGUUGUGAAAGGAAAUCAAUUCAUACCAAUUUGAAUUUCAUAUUGUGAAUAUCAUGUGAAACUGAAGUCUUCUUAUUUACAUAUAAACAUGUUAGAUCAUUAGAGUAGUGUUCUGAAGCGCGAGUAAUGGCUGCUCACUUCAAAUUGCUAACUCACUGUUAAUUUUUGCACAUUUUAAAUUUAUACCUUGCUUUAAAAACUGUCAAAGUCGCGAAGAGAUGCAUAAUUAAAAAUUUGAAGGGAAAGUGUAUACUAUCAUUUUCAAGGAAGCAUUUUUAUUUGUUAUUUCCUGUUUUAGUAGCACCAUUUAGGUCCAAAGGUUUUUACAUGGGAUAUUACACUCAGGCAUCCUAGUCAGUGAUAUUUCUUUAGUCUGGGAUUUAUGAGAUAUAAGAGAUGGAGUAACUUCAGUCUUGCACUGUAUGUAUUGUAAAUCUGCUGUAAACUAGAUUUUGGAGUCAUCGCUAAUUCAUGUUGAGCGAUGAAUCAAAAAAAUAAAUGUACAAAUUCUAAUAGACGAUUAUAGAGACUGUAAUGUAAUCCAAAAUAUCUCGUGUUGGACAUGUAGGAUUUUGUUCACGUUUGAGAUUUCUGUACCGUUUAAGAAUAUUUUAUUUUGCUGUAUAGUACUACGAAUUCUUUAAAGGGUGCUUUCUCAAGCAACUUUUAAAGCUGUUCUGGUUGUUGUACAGUGCCUUAUUUUAUUUUAUGGGUUAUUUACUAGUUUGUAUUGUUUAAUACCAUAAGAUAGCUUGUAACACCAAACAGGUCUUUAUGGAUAUUAUAUUUAUGCAUGUGGGUAAAUUAAAAUUCAAACAGGUCUUUAUGGAUAUUAUUUAUGCAUGUGGGUAAAUUAAAAUUCAGGAUUGAAGUUUUGGAAAGCAACAUUUUAGCUAUAAUAUUUCAGCCUUCCACCUAUAUAAAGGGUACAUGGUACUAUGUGGUUCUGACAUGUUUGGUGUUUAUUAUCUGAUUGAAACUUAUCGGAAAGGUAAUGCUUAAACUUGUAGAGUUCAUUCAGUUAUUCUUUUCAUUUUUAUCACUUCAUUGGAAUUUCCAUUACCAUAUUUAUUCUCCAUGUCAGAAUUAUUUUUGAAAACCUUACGAGCUCCCUCUUUGAAAUGUAGUGUUGAAUCUUUUUCAAUACUUAGUAUGGUUAUGCUUCACUCAUGUGUUGCUUAUCCUUGCUCUGUAUGAUGUUGUACCUUGCUGUUCUGCAUUUUUACUAAGUAGGAUUUGAGCCCAUCAUUUUAACUGAAUAAAAGGUGGUAACGGGAGAGAAUCUAUCUGGGGAAAUUUAGCUGUAACCUUACGUGCCCUAAGUCCUGGUAGUUUGAAGUUUUGCUGUAUUAUCUAUGAUGCAGAAAAUCAGAACCUAGCUAUUGAUGAGCAAGGCUUGAUAUAGCCUGUGAUAAUUUCAAAUUGUAACUUUUGAUAUUUAUAUUUCUAAUUAGGAUAUAAUAGUUAAUAUGAAAUGUAUAUUCUUCAAUGACUUAAGUUUUACUCUUAAAAUACUUCCGCUUGUUUCCGGAAAACAUGCAGUCAUUGAUUUUUAAUAUACUGUAUAGCUUACAAAUGAAAUAUUACAAAUAGUAAAUUACAGUACUGUACAGUAUCUCUCUCUCUCUCUCUCUCACUUUUGUUCAAUUUUACACUCAGAUGUGAUAUAUAGCAGUUGAUAUGUUUUUUCAGUGUUGGAAUGUUCCUAUAAUUAGUGGCAGUAAUCGAUGACUGAUAAAGUCAUUUCUUCACAUUCUUUACUCCUAGUUUUUGGGGGAAGCUGCAUUUCAGGUCUUGUCAUAAUGAUAUUUUUAGCACUAAUAAAGGGAGCCUUACAGAUUUAGUUAUGAUUUCUCCAUGGCUUGUAAAGAAAACUAAACAGGGUAUUCAUACUUCACAUCAGGACUUUGUAUGGGUGCUAAUCAGCUAACUUUUGUAAUGCUUUGCUAUUUGAAUAUGUAAUCUUUCAUUGUUUCUUAUCCAGUAUAUCUGCUUUUUUGACUCUUGGAAGUAUACCAGUUUACCAGUCUCAAAAGAAAAACCAUUACUAUUUAAAUAUUUAUUAGGUAGUUUAGCCAGACUGCAGAUAUAAAGUGCAUUAUUCUAUUUAAUUCAGGAAUAGUCUCAUUUCCAAAGGGCAAUAUUUUUUUCUUUAUAGUUCACUAACACUUUUCUUAUUGAUUUUAGCUGAUUGCUUGUCUAAAAUCUUGUUUUCUUGAAUACCAGUAGGUUGCUUUAGUGCAUCCCCAUAUAUGUUCGUUGACUUGUGUUACGCAUACUACUUUCUUAUAUAUGGUCUGGGGGCUCACUCAUGUGUUUUGUUAUUAAUUUUACAUUAUUGAAGAUGAUGAUGGCAAGUGCUCUGCAAGGUUAGUUGACUGGUAACCAUGAAAUUUAUGUAAAGUAAAAUAAUGUAACUGAUUUAUUAAAAUUGCAAAAUUAUUUGCUACUGUAUAUCUUAUAAAGUAUAAUAAAACUUGUGUUUAGCAUA